AUAUUGGAGUCUAGGUUCAGAGGCGUUUCGAAGGAGUAGACCGAUGGUGGAAGUGGUGACGCUGUUUCCCUUACCCAAAACAUAGAUUUUUCAUACAAGGAGCUUGCGGAGGCGCGCGCAACCUGCCACGGCUUUCGGAUCGCGUCGCCGAAGCUCGAGUCAAGCGAAUGGACCUGGUGUAACGGUUGAAGCAAGCCUGGGCCAUACGACUGGCGGCCUCCAUGUCACACGCUUGUGUUGCAUUUUGUUCGGGUUGAGGAACAGGAGUUCUAGUUCGGAUAACUGUCCGCUUCUUCGCACACCCCGCCCCAGCAAAUUUACAAUUUUCUCACCAUUCCCCAGGGCCUUGCCGGUGCUUUUCCAAUACUACAGGAGCGGCUGGACCUGAUGCGCGGAACGCACUGGUUAGGCUUGUGUUGAUUCGCAGUUGCGGCCUCAGCAGGAUGUUCGCAGCGGUGGAGCAGGGCUUGGUGCUGUGCAGCGAUUCCAAUAUUCUUUGCAUGUCUUGGAAGGGCCGCGUACCCAAGAGCGAAAAGGAAAAGCCUGUUUGUCGCCGACGGUGUUACGAGGAAGGCUGGCUAGCAAUUGGCAAUGGCAGAGGGGUGGUCGGCGUUACUUUCACUGCUAGUCAUUGCAAGAGGGAGCGCAAUACACCGCAGAGGAUCAACUUUAAUCUGCGAGGCCACAACAGCGAGGUGGUACUUGUGCGAUGGAAUGAGCCAUUUCAGAAACUUGCAACAUGUGAUGCCGAUGGAGGAAUUUUUGUGUGGAUUCAGUAUGAAGGGAGGUGGUCGGUUGAGCUGGUCAACGAUCGUGGAGCACAGGUGAGCGACUUUACUUGGAGCCAUGAUGGUACACAGGCACUGAUCUCUUACCGAGAUGGCUUUGUGCUGGUUGGAUCUGUCAGUGGGCAGCGACAUUGGUCUUCUGAGAUUAAUUUGGAUAGCCAGAUUACUUGUGGAAUAUGGACACCUGAUGAUCAACAGGUGCUGUUUGGUACAGCUGAUGGACAAGUAAUAGUGAUGGACUGCCAUGGACGUAUGCUGGCUCAUGUAUUGCUUCAUGAAUCUGAUGGUAUCCUGGGAAUAUCUUGGAAUUACCCCAGUUUUCUUGUGGAGGACAGUAGUGAAAGUGACACAGACUCUGAUGAUUACUCACCACCACAAGAUGGCCCAACAAUGUACCCCAUACCAAUUCAGAAUAGCAAGCCAGUGCUGACUGUUAGCUUCACAUCUGGGGAUAUUAGCAUGAUGAACAACUAUGAUGAUUUGUCACCAACUGUGAUCCACUCAGGUUUAAAAGAUGCAAUUGUACAGUGGAGCAGCCAGGGGAACUUACUUGCUGUAGCAGGCAUGGAAAAAGAGAGUCACCUUUAUGAGUCGGGAAGUCUUCCACUAGUGAAAAAUGCUGCUGUUAAAUUUUAUAAUAAUCAUGGAGAACAUAUUUACACACUGGAAAGUCCCACUCAGCGCCUCAUUACAGCCAUCUGCUGGGGUCACCGUGACUCACGUUUGUUCCUUGCUUCUGGACCUGCACUAUAUGUUGUUCGAGUGGAGCAUAGGAUCGCCAACCUGCAAUUAUUGUGUCAACAGACUAUAGCGGUUUCUCUACGUGACGAAAAAGACUUCAGUAAAUUAACGCUACCACCUCGCCUUUGCUCGUAUGUCACUGCUGCUUUUGUAUCAACAAUAAAGCCUCCCAUCCCAGACCCAAAUAAUAUACGGGAUUUUGUCAGUUACCCGACAGCAGGAAAUGAAAGACUGCAUUGCACCAUGAAGCGUACAGAAGAUGACCCAGAGGUAGGGGGCCCAUGCUACACCCUGUACCUGGAAUACUUGGGUGGACUAGUGCCAAUUUUAAAAGGGAGGCGAAUCAGCAAGCUUCGACCAGAAUUUGUCAUAAUGGAUCCCAAAACUGAUGGUAAAGCAGAUGAAAUCUAUGGGACCAAUUUGAUGUCAACAAUGAUUGAUAGUUGUAAUUGUUCUGACUCCAGUGAUGUGGAACUAAGUGAUGACUGGAUUGGCAAGAAAUCUCCAAAGAUAUCUCGAGCUAGCAAAUCCCCUAAAUUGCCCAGAAUUAAUCUCGAUGCUAGAAAAUCGCCCAAACUUUCUCGAGCUAGUCAGGAGAUAUCAAAGUCUCCACGAUUACCAAUUAGGAAACCUUCCAUUGGAUCCCCAAGCUUAACUCGGAAGGAAUUUCCUUUAGAAGAUGUCACUCAGCACAACUAUCUUGCUCAAGUCACAUCCAACAUCUGGGGGACAAAGUUCAAGAUUGUGGGACUGGCUUCAUUUCUACCAAGUAAUCUGGGUGCAGUCAUCUACAAAACCAGCUUGCUCCAUCUUCAGCCCAGACAAAUGACUAUUUAUCUACCAGAAGUACGCAAGCAAUCUAUGGACUUCAUCAAUAUCUCUACAUUCAAUCCCAGUGUUUUCAGCGAAGAUGAGGAUGAUCUUGCAGUGAAUGGAACAACUGGAGCUCCAGAAAACAAUCCUCCUUGCACUGUUAACAUUCCCAUUGCACCAAUCCAUAGUUCUGCUCAAGCAAUGUCCCCUAGCCAGAGUAUUGGACUAGUUCAAUCGUUACUUGCCAAUCAGAAUGUGCAGCUUGAUAUUUUAACAAAUCAAACAGCUAUUGCAGGAGCAGCAGAACGUGGUUUGGACAAUUCCAGCCAGUAUGCAAUUUCUAACAGGUUUUCAAAUCCAGGGCAGGCAAUUUUUGGAAGUUUGGAAACCAACCGAAUGACUGGUGGAUCACAACAGCAAUCACCACAGCUUGGGGGGAUUGUACAGAUUCCCAACAUGGAGCAUGUGGAACGAGAGCCUGAGCACUCUCAGAAAAUCAAGUCAAUGCGAACAGUGCCACAGUUCCUGGAAAGCAAUACAAUGGCAUUCUGCACAACCCCCGAAGUGCAGUUAGCUAAAAUAAAUGCACAUCCACCUCCUCCAUAUCCAGGGACUUUAGUAGCUUCUGCAGCCACCUCUGCUACUACUCCACCAGCAGACAUUUGUCUGAAAAAAAUAGAUCUCUCCCUCUUUCCUACUAGACAUCUUCAAACCCCUCUAGGUUAUGAAAGAAUCACAACAUUUGAUAGCAGUGGAAAUGUUGAAGAAGUGUGUAGGCCUCGCAUGAGAAUAUCAAGCAAUCAAAAUACGUAUACACUUCCAGGCCCAGGACAGUCACCUUUACAGUUGCCUUCAGCAGAUGCUAAGAAGGUACAGCAGGUAUAUGGCACAUUAAAUAGGCUGAGUGUUGCUCACUGUGUUAUUCCUAGUGGAGAUCCACCACCUUAUCCUGAUGCCACCAAUAGAAGUCAGCGUAUUGAUAGUAACACUAUACAAGUGCCAUUGCGAAGUGAGAGCAAAGAUUCCAUAGCAAAAGUGACUCAGCUGUUAGACUCACAUAGGGUUAUUCAACAUGGUCAUAAACUCAAGAACAAUUCUGUGUCUGCACAGUACCAGCAAACCUCUCUCAGAUCUCCACCGGCUCUCUAUACGUGCACUCAGUGCAUCAACAAUGGAAGCAACAAUAGUAACAUUAAUAGUAGAUCAGAAUUACCUACUGGGACUGGCUCUCAGCUUAGCACUGUAAUUGUCCACUCAUCUAGUACAUCACCCCUCUCUUCUCAGUCAUCCUAUAAUCUGCUAAGUGUUCCAGACAAUUGUCAGGAUAGAACUGAAUAUGUUAAUAAUGCUUUCAGUGAGGAUGAAUCUAUUUUGCAGCAUUGUCAAUUUGAGAAAUCCAUUAGACAUAUUACAUUAAAUAAUGAGAUCAACAUGAGCAUGAAGCAAUCUCUCCCAUAUCAGUGGGACCAAACAGGGAGUGAGGAAAUUUGGAUUCCACAACAACCAACUCAGAUUUCUGCAACAGCGUGUCAUAAACCACCAGCACUCAUCUUGGAGCAAUCACAUGUGGAAAUCCCUCAUGUACCAAUCAUUCCUAUUAAAUCUACAAAUAGUCCAACAGUCACUUUCCAGUCAAACUUUGGAUUCACAUUACCAUAUCCACUAAGUUACAGCGCAUCUCCUAUUGCAGCCUUUCAGGCUUCAUUUCCUUCUUCAGAAGCUAUAAUCCCACCUCCAUACCCACAACAAGACUCUUCUGUAGUCGUGCAAUCUGGUUAUCCAGCUAACAUUGGCUGUUGUCCAUUGCCACCAAUGUAUCCAACCAAUAACACAUUUUCUAGUCUACAGCUUCCCCCGAUUACUUUACAUCAAUGGAAUACUUACAGUGCUUGUUCCCUGAUGCAUAGUUCACAAAGUACGUUGAGCUCAAAGCCAGACGUGCUUGUUGAGAAAGCUGGAAUGCCUUCAUUUUCAACAGAGUUUCAACACACGGGAACUGAGGCAAUUAUCGAAACAGCAGACAACUUCCAAGAGGUCGUCUCUCUGACAGAAUCCCCUGUGCCCCUACGAACAGAUAGAUAUGACAAGAAAAGCCAUAAACGGUUAGACAGCAGACCAGAGGAGGCAAAUAUGCGAGCUGUAACUGAAGGAAAAAUGAAAAAAGAUGCAAAGGUGCUUACAGACUUCAAUUCUCUAAUUUCUAGCCCGAGACUAGGAAGAGAAAAGAAAAAAAUCAAAAGUCAAAAAGAUCAGAUAAAAUCCAAAAAGCUGAAUAAAAUGAGUGAGUUUCAAGACAGCUCAGAAAGUGAGCCAGAGUUAUUCAUUAGUGGAGAUGAGUUCAUGAAUCAGAGCCAGAGCACCAAAAAGGUUUGGAAAACUAAGAGAAACUUAAGGACAGCAAAUGAAACGGAUGAACUGAAAUGUCGAAGGGCAAAUGAGAAAGAGGACGGGAAAUUGGGGAAUCAAGGAUUUGUGUAUGUAAUGGCUAACAAGCAGCCACUCUGGAAUGAGGCAACACAAGUAUAUCAGUUGGACUUUGGAGGAAGAGUGACCCAAGAGUCUGCAAAAAACUUCCAAAUUGAGUUGGAAGGACGACAGGUGAUGCAAUUUGGAAGGAUUGAUGGUAAUGCGUACAUCUUAGAUUUUCAGUAUCCAUUUUCUGCAGUGCAAGCUUUUGCUGUUGCAUUAGCUAAUGUUACACAACGUCUGAAAUGAAUGGGAAGAACCAAAGUGUUUUCUGGAGCUGAGGAUCAAAAUCUCCACGAUGUAUGUUGAAAGCACCGUGACUGAAUCGGUCUGGGCAGCCACAUCACUGCGUUUGACUUUAAAGGAUCACAGAUCUCCUAUUUAGUCUUGAACAAACAGGAAGGUGGAAGAGCAUGCUUUUCAGAUGCAUGCCAUGAUGAUUACAGUUCAGAAACCUUGCUGUUCUGUAGAUCUUUUGAUCUGAUUACAUGCUUGUUUGAAUAACCCAGUAGAAUAUGUUUACCUGUUGACUAGAAGGCCUUAUAAUAUGGUGUAAUUUCUUUUUUUCUUGUAACAAAUACAGAAUCUUGCUUUCUUUGCUGUUUUUUUUAAUUACAGUGGUAAUACUUGAACAACACACAGGAUUCCUGGGAACCGGAAUGAGUUUUGAAUAUGGUAUUAGUAGAUAGGUUAUGUCAAUAUUGGUGAGCACUGGAAAGAACAAUUUAAGUAGCUCCUAAGUUGGAAGUACAAGGACAUUGAAAUCUUCAGAAGCAUUUUUGAGAUAGAAAGUUUUAAUAGUCAUUGCUUUGAAAUUAAUAUUGUGUUUUUGUUGAGCUGUUUUAGUGCUAAAUAUCAUUUCAGUUUGUCAAGUUUUAUUACUCUCAGUUUGUUUUUCUUUAUUUCUGAUGACAAGCUAAGUAGACAUGUAUCUCUGAUAGUGAAUUGUUUCCAAAUUGAUCAGCAAAUGACUAAUUUUGGGUAAUAUCUGUAAAGUAGGGGGACCAAACAUUCAUAAAUAUGCAAUGCUAAAGGAUGUGCUACUAUUUUCUAUAUUUUUAGAUAGCUUUUUUUAUAUUUGAUUUAGAUGGUGAUGCAGAUGUGAACUGCUGUGGAAAGUGGUAGUGCUUGCUGUCACGGGGUUUAGGUAACUUGAAUAUGGUUAAUAUUUGUUGUAUUGCUAAGUCAUGAAUAUUUUAAAUUUCAUUUUGAAGAGAAAUUCCAACCAACAUCAUGAGUUUGGAUUCAAACAUAAUGCUUGACAAGA